CUUCCAUUCAGUCUAUCCCAUAAAUACUCGUGGAAGCCUUAAUUUCCAACAUUAUCUUUGUUGAGUUUCGAGUUAAAUUGUUUAUAAAACAGAAAUAAAGAUGUCUGAAAACCAAAAAAAUUUGGACAACCGCGCCGAUCAAUUAAACACCAACAACGAGAAAUACUAUUCAAGCAGAGGCAUGGACGGACGUCCAAGUGACUGGUCGACUUCUGGCUCAACUGGCAAUCCACCGACCCAGGGUGAUUUGGAUAAUCGCAGUAACCAAAAGAAUCCGAACAAUCCUGAAUACGGUCAUUCCAGAAGUGCUGAAAGCAAGAAAUAGGAGGUAGCGAUCCUUCCAGUUUCCAUGAAGAGACCACUUCAAUGAUUUCUUCAAAUAUUAAUUGCUUUAAUGUGUUAAUAUGUUAUCUUUUUCACAAUAAUAUAAAUACCUAUAAUCAUUGAAAAUGUAUUAACUAGUAUAUUUUAAUAAAUC